AUGUCUGGUUGCUCCAAUGCGGGGAUCACACCACCCACUGGAAGGGACGUGGGCGACGCGACUCCAACGGCACUCGUGUUCCUUCUGCUCGCCUUCAUGCCGGUGCAGGCUCUGGAGAUGGCCAGCAAGGACCGCGCUCUCCAUUGGAAGUCGGUGCUACCCCACAUUCCAUGGGGACUGGGACUGAUGCUUGCGUCUGGAAGCGCUAUCGCGUUCGCCGCCAAGAAGUGCGGACUCACCGAUUCCCUGCUGGAGUGGGGGCGGCGAGGUCGCAGCCCGUUCACCUACCAGACCCUGCUAACUGUCGGGGCCGCCAUCCUGGCCCAGAUGGUGCCCGGUCACAUAGACGAGAUGAGAAUGCACAGGCUCCUCGAAAGGGCUUACAUUGACCGCGUGCCUCCGCUCUACUACGCCUGGCCGGUGUCCACGGCUUCCUGCCUGUCCUUCGUGCUACCCAGCGCGUCCUCCGCCAACAUCAUGGUCUACCACUAUUCCGACCUGCUGUUCACGGACAUGGUGAUCCCUUCUCUACUAAACCUCGUCGCGAGCGUAGUCACCUGCCUGUGCUGGUACCAGGUAGUGUUUUCUGGGACGUUCAUACCAGCGCCGAUACCGAAUCUGCCGCUGAACAAGAGCCAUGCCAUCCUGUAUAUCGACCAGUGA